GGCUGUGUCAGUUGGUAUCGUUGGUAUGGUUGGUAUUGCGUGUUACUGUUUGUGUUAUGGAAGCUUUCGAAUUAGCUAAAUUUAAACGACAGUCGGAAGCAUUUAAACCAGUAUAAACAAACGCCUUCCCAUGGUUAGAUUUAAGAACAGGUAUAUUGUGAUUGAAGUGAAUCCCACUAAUAUGAAGCAUGAAGCUGCCUUGAUACUCAAACCUACAAGCCUCUAUUUUUCAAUCAUAAAGAAAGUUCAGCAACUCCAUGGUGAUUUUGGGGUUGCCGCAGUAAAGUCAGGACUUGCAGCCAAAUACUGCAAUAAAUGGACAAAAGUUGCGGUGGUGCGUGUUCGUCAUGGUGCCCACCGACUUGUAGCCAGCUGUUUGCCACUGCUGCAGUAUGUGGAAAAACAGAAUGUGAUAGUGAGGACUUUGCAUACUGGAGCAACUCUGCGGCAGUGUUACAGGUUUAUACAGCAUCAUCAGAGAUCUUACUUGGAGAAAAUAUGGUCGAGAUUAAAAUCAGAAGAUGAAAGGAACAUGAUGGAAGCUGCCCUCAUGGAUCUGAAUUGUCUAGAGGCUUUGGGACAUAUAGACAUCAACACCAAAAAGGCAGAGGCCACAGAAAACAAGUAAUGGUGAAUUGUGGUACAUUAACCAAUACUGUGGUUAAUUUCCACAAUUUU